AGUAAACGGAAAAUGAUUCUGACAAGCUCAGGAGUUGAAGUUGAACAUGAUCAGAAAAGGGAAUUAAAAGCUUUUGAUGAUUCAAAAAGUGGAGUGAAAGGGCUUGUAGAUGCUGGGAUAACCAAGAUCCCUCCUAUGUUCAUCCAUCCACAGUAUAAUCUCAAUGCGAAAUCAGGUUCGGCUGUCUCCCAGUUCAGGGUUCCCUUGGUAGACCUUGAUGGCAUUAAUGACAGUGCAACUCUGCGGGCUAAAAUCAUGGACCAAGUUCGAGAAGCUUGUGAAAACUGGGGAUUCUUUCAGGCAGUCAACCAUGGGAUUCCCGCAAGUGUUUUGGAGGAGAUGAUAGAUGGGAUUCGCGGAUUUCAUGAGCAAGACACUCAAGUGAAAAAGGAGUUCUACAAACGCGACUUCAAGGAAAAGGUGUCAUAUUUUUCCAAAUUUGAUUUAUGCCAGGCAACGGUGGCUACUUGGAAGGACUGCUUAUCUUGGGCUAUGGCUCCUAGUUCUCCAGACCCCACAGAAUUUCCCGCAGUGUGCAGAGAUAUAGUGAUGGAAUACUCGAAGCAAGUAAAGAGGUUGGGGUGUACUUUAUUUGAAUUACUGUCAGAGGCUCUAGGACUAGAUGUACACCGUUUGAAAGACAUGGAAUGUGCUGAGAUGAUUUUUCAUGCGGGUCAUUACUAUCCACCGUGCCCUGAGCCAGAAUUGACUCUAGGUGCCCGCAGACAUACUGAGAGCGGCUUCCUCGCAGUACUUUUACAAGACCAAGUGGGUGGUCUCCAAGUUCUUCAUCAGAAUCAGUGGAUCGAUGCGUCCCCCAUGCCUGGAGCACUAGUAAUCAACGUUGGAGAUUCUCUACAGGUCAUAACAAAUGACAGGUUUAAAAGCAUAGAACAUAGAGUGUUGGUAAAUCGUGUAAGCCCAAGAGUGUCGGUGGCAAGUGCUUUUGGCACAAAUCUUUUCCCAUCCUCAAAGCUUUAUUCACCAAUUAAGGAGUUGGUAACUCAAGAGAAUCCUCCAAAGUAUAAGGAAGCCACCUUGCAAGCUCAUGUUGCCUACUUGAGGGGCCAAAGAGUUUGAUGGCAUCACCUCUGCACUGCUGCACUGCAAGCUCUAAAUUUGGCCAUGGAGAUGAAGAAGGUUUAUCAUAUCUUUGAAUGUUAUUUUGGCUCGUCUCA